CACCCAUCCCUCCCCUUCCCCUCCCCUCCCCUCCCUUCUCCCCCCCAUCCACUGUCCGCCAGCACAGUGCAUUCAUGCAGCUGGGUCCCGCCCCGUCUCCAGAGGCACCUCCUGCUAGCAACAGUCUCCCCAGGCACGACACAGCUAACAGAAGGCCGGGCAGGCAGGACUCUGGGACAGACGCAGGCCAGCUGCCCAGAGAGCCCAGACCCAGCAUGGACGCUGUGGACGCCACCAUGGAGAAACUCCGGGCGCAGUGCCUGUCCCGCGGGGCCUCGGGCAUCCAGGGCCUGGCCAGGUUUUUCCGCCAACUAGACCGGGACGGGAGCAGAUCCCUGGAUGCUGACGAGUUCGGGCGGGGUCUGGCCAAACUCGGGCUGGUGCUGGACCAGGCGGAGGCAGAGGGUGUGUGCAGGAGGUGGGACCGCGACGGCAGCGGGACGCUGGAUCUGGAGGAGUUCCUUCGGGCGCUGCGGCCCCCCAUGUCCCAGGCCCGGGAGGCAGUCAUCGCAGCUGCAUUUGCCAAGCUGGACCGCAGUGGGGACGGCGUAGUGACAGUGGACGACCUCCGCGGGGUGUACAGUGGCCGUGCCCACCCCAAGGUGCGCAGUGGGGAGUGGACCGAGGACAAGGUGCUGCGCCGCUUCCUGGACAACUUCGACUCCUCUGAGAAGGACGGGCAGGUCACGCUGGCGGAAUUCCGGGACUACUACAGCGGCGUGAGUGCCUCCAUGAACACAGAUGAGGAGUUCGUGGCCAUGAUGACCAGUGCCUGGCAGCUGUGAGCAGCUCUGGGCUCAGCCCUGCUGCCCCGGCCUGUCACCCCCACCCCCGCUGGAGACCUCCCUUCCCUGGGCCUCUUCUCUUCUGGGCAGCCACACCACAGAGCGGGGAGGGGCAGGUGGGGGAAUGGAGGCUGCAGGACCGGCUAGACCAGGUCCCUGCUGGGCCACCAGGGGGAGGAGGGACAAAGGUCCUAACACGAGUCACUGGCUCAGGACCCCAGGGAGAAAAGCUGUCCCCACCCACGCCAUGCUGACCUGAGGCCUUGCAGCCCCUGCGGAUGCCCCCGCCAAGGUCCCCUGAUCCCCCCACCCGGCCUGCUGCUCCCCACCCCUCCCUUGCGCGUCCCCCAGGAAGCCAGGCAAGCCCAGGUGGGAGGCGGUGUGUGGAGGCUAUCCUGGAAGGCAGUCUGGACCUGCCCAGGUGUGGAGUGAGGGGCAAGGGGGCAUCCUAACCUCAGAAACAAAAAAAAAAGCCUUUGAAAAAAACAUCUGUAAAACAUCAACCCCCAAUCAGAAGAUGGCAAUGGGGAAUAAAAUAGUAGUUCACAUGUCCAGCGA